UUACAACCAUGUUUACGAUGGUUUACAACAAAUACUACACCUAUAUAGUAUUAUAGUAUUAAGGGUUUAGUGUUUUUGUGUAGUUUGUUUGUCUCGUCUUUCAAAGAAGUGGUCCGAAGUUGAACCGUUUUAAACGUGUAGCAAAUUUAGGGUUGUAUGUUUGGCGCAACUCUGGCACGCGCAGUUUUAUAUUUAGAUAGUUGCACCAGAUGAUUUAAGGGGGUCUGACGCAGAAGGUUCAGUCAAAGGCAGAACUUUUUGCACAAUUCUCCUCGUUUUUGAAACACGUCCCACAGUUAAACGGAAGGAUACGCGUUUGAGGAAAUGAUCGGCUUGUGUCGUUUUCACAGAAGGCAGAUGGAGAGGAAUGACUUCCUCAAAUAGGAAGAUAAAGCUGGUUGUCUUUGAGAGAGAUAGAUAGAGAGAUAGAUAGAAAGAUAGAGAGAGAGAGAGAGAGAACGCGCUGCGCGUCUUUGAUAUGAAGUUUGUUGCCUCUGACUAGAAAACCGCUUUGUGCGUUGUUUGGUAAAAUUGCUCGACUGCUGGCGCAAACGAGAUAAAACUGGACCGGGACGUUGCUCUAUUAUAAUAUGCAGUGAUGUGCGCUGCUUUAAUGCAUAGCAAGACGCUGGACGUCAGAGGCGCGCGUCUCUCUUCGGCACAGGUGCGGGCUAAACUUUGGUUAUUCAUUAUUGAUUAACUUUGGAAAGAAAAGAGGGACGCGCACGGGGGACGACGAUUACUCGCGCUAUGGAGAUCAUGCCCAACCAACCUACAGCAGAGGCCGGUGGAGAUCACACCGCCGCGGGAUCCAUGUCUGCGGGCGCGGACAGAACCGAUGUGACCAGCCCAAGUCCCGUAACCAAACAGAGGUCUCUGCGGGCGGUUUAUGUUUUGAAUGAUGGACUAAAGGCGGUAGCCGCAAACAGCCCGGAGUCCGGCGCGCUGCAGUGUCUCCAGCGCGCCUGUGACGCGGAGAGUGCCAUACUAACCACUGUUACCUUUGGACGAUUAGACUUUGGAGAGACAUCGGUGCUCGAUACUUUUUAUGACGCGGAUAUUGCAGUGGUGGACAUGAGCGAUGUGUUCAGACAGCCCUCCUUGUUUUAUCACCUUGGUGUGCGUGAGAGCUUCGACAUGGCCAACAAUGUCAUCCUCUACCACGACAUAGACCCUGACACAGCACAGUCCCUAAAGGACAUGGUGGGACAGAAAAACACAAUGUCAAGGCCAGUUAAAAUCGGCUUCCCAUGGGUCCAGUUACCUCCUGAGUACAGAGGCUCUGGCCUAAGAAACAAAGCCUCCAGCGGAAACUAUUAUUUCAUUCCGUACUUGAUGACACCCAACAACGAGUACUUGUGUUGUGAGAACGUGGCCCAACGUAGAGCAUCAGAGUACAUGCAGCCCAACUGGGAUAACCUUCUGGGUCCUCUCUGUGUCCCGCUGGUGGAUCGCUUCGCCAACCUGCUCAAAGACAUCCACGUUACUUCAUGUGCUUCGUACAAAGACACACUUUUAAACGACAUCCGAAAAGCUCGAGAAAAAUACCAGGGAGAAGAAUUGGCCAAGGAGCUUACUCGAAUCAAACUCCGCAUCGACAACACAGAGGUUUUAACUCAGGACAUUGUAAUGAAUUUGCUUUUCUCCUACAGAGAUAUACAGGACUACGACGCCAUGGUUAAACUGGUUCAGACCAUUGAGAUGUUGCCCACCUGUGACUUGGCCAACCAGCCCAUGAUUCAGUUCCACUAUGCUUUUGCUCUAAAUAGACGGAAUAGUCCCGGGGACAGAGAGCAGGCGUUACGUGUGAUGUUGCAGGUCCUUCAGUCUUGCGAACAUCCCGCACCUGACAUGUUCUGCCUCUGCGGUCGUAUCUACAAAGACAUCUUCCUCGACUCUGACUGCAAGGACACAAAGAAUAGAGAAAAUGCCAUCCAGUGGUAUAGAAAAGGUUUUGAACUGCAGCCCACGCUCUAUUCAGGAAUUAACUUGGCAGUGCUUCUUAUAGUGUCCGGACAGCAGUUUGAGACUUCUAUAGAGCUCAGGAAGAUCGGUGUAAGGUUAAAUAGUCUGCUGGGCCGUAAAGGCAGUUUGGAGAAGAUGAAUAACUAUUGGGAUGUGGGACAGUUCUUCACCGUCGGGAUGCUGGCCAAUGACAUUCCUAAAGCUGUACAAGCGGCAGAAAAACUUUUCAAACUCAAGCCACCCAUAUGGUACCUGCGAUCAGUGGUCCAGAACCUUCAACUAAUUCAACAUUUUAAGAAGCAGAACACUGAGUAUUCGCCCCAGAGAGAGAGACUCAACUUCUGGAUGGACAUCAUCGUGGAGGCCACCCAGGGAACGACCAACGGCCUCCGCUUUCCGGUGUUGAUCUUGGAGCCCACCAAAGUUUACCAGCCCUCAUAUGUGUCCAUUAACAGUGAAGCUGAAGAGAAGAAUGUUUCUAUAUGGCAUGUGUCUCCGGCUGAGACGGGGAUACACGAGUGGAACUUUACGGCAUCCUCCAUCAAAGGCAUCAGCAUCUCCAAAUUUGAUGAGCGCUGCUGCUUUCUGUAUGUGCAUGACAACUCGGAUGAUUUCCAGAUCUACUUUUCCACAGAGGACCAGUGCGGCAGGUUCUGCUCCAUGGUGAAGGAGUUAAUAACAGACGGAUCAGGAAAUGCCGUCGAGCUGGAGGGGGAGGGUGAUGGAGACACCCUGGAGUACGAAUAUGACUACAAUGAGAAUGGCGACAGGGUGGUUCUCGGCAGGGGUACUUAUGGAGUUGUGUACGCAGGGCGAGACCUGAGCAACCAGGUGCGCAUCGCCAUCAAAGAAAUCCCAGAAAAGGAUAGCAGAUAUUCUCAGCCUCUGCAUGAGGAGAUAGCCCUUCACAAGUAUUUGAAACACAGGAACAUCGUUCAGUACCUGGGUUCAGUGUCAGAGGACGGCUAUAUCAAGAUCUUCAUGGAACAAGUCCCAGGAGGAAGUUUGUCAGCGUUGCUUCGUUCCAAGUGGGGUCCCCUGAAAGAGGCCACCAUCAUCUUCUACACCAGACAGAUCCUGGAAGGACUCCGUUACUUGCAUGAGAACCAAAUCGUUCAUCGGGACAUCAAGGGGGACAAUGUGUUGGUCAACACCUACAGUGGCGUGUUGAAAAUCUCUGACUUCGGAACUUCUAAGAGACUCGCUGGAGUCAACCCCUGCACAGAGACAUUUACCGGUACGUUACAGUACAUGGCCCCUGAGAUCAUCGAUAAGGGCCCCAGAGGUUACGGGGCUCCGGCGGAUAUCUGGUCGCUGGGGUGCACCAUCAUAGAGAUGGCCACAGGCAAACCUCCGUUUCAUGAGCUGGGAGAGCCACAGGCCGCCAUGUUUAAGGUGGGGAUGUUUAAGAUCCACCCCGAGAUCCCAGAAUCUCUUUCCUCCGAGGCAAAAUCCUUCAUCCUCUCCUGCUUCGAGCCGGACCCCAACAAACGUACGAUGGCCGGGGAGCUGCUCAAAGAUCUGUUUCUGCGUCAAAACAUCAAAGGCAAAAAGAACAAGAUCGCAUUUAAACCCUCAGACUACAUCCGCAGCGUUUCACUGCCGGUGCAGCUGCAGGCGGAGGCCACGGGGAGCAGCAGCAGUGAACCAGGCUCCGUGUCUCCAGACUGCGACUCCAAACAAGACGUGUUUUUCGAGAAGAAGAAACGCUCCAGCUCUGAGAACCUCAUCAAACCGCCCAGCUCAAACUUUCUGAGUGUUCCAGAUGAAAGUCCUACAGCAGAAGAUCGGAGCUCUCCGGCCUCUUCUGAGAACAGUGACUCUGGGCUCUUUCUCCUCAAGAAAGACAGCGAACGACGGGCCAUUCUUUACAAGGUCCUCAAUGAGGACCAAGAUAAAGUCACCUCCAACCUGAUGGAGAACCAUAUCCAGGGUCAAGAAGAGCUGAAGUUGUCAGUAGACCACAUCAAACAGAUCAUCUGCAUCUUGCGGGACUUUAUACGCUGCCCCGAGCGACGCGUCAUGGCGACCACCAUCUCAAAACUCAAACUGGACCUGGACUUCGACAGCACCUCCAUCAAUCAGAUCCAACUGGUUUUGUUUGGCUUUCAAGAUUCGGUAAAUAAAGUGUUGAGAAACCAUCACAUUAAACCUCAUUGGAUGUUUGCCAUGGACAACAUUAUCAGACGGGCUGUGCAGGCAGCUGUCACGAUAUUGAUUCCAGAGCUGCAAACCCAUUUUGGUCCGGCAUCUGAGAGUGAAGGAGCUGAUAAGGAUGCUGAUGAAGUUGAUGUAGAAGACGAUGCCGACUUUGUUUCGGUGGCACGCACGCCGCAGGAAGACCAAGUGCUUACCUCUGGGGUCAGCACCCUCAGCUCGGUCACAUCCCAUGAGGCUCAGCGGCCACAGCACCCACUGGGAAUCCAACUGGGACGCCUCAAACAGGAAACCAACAGGCUGCUCGAGGAACUGGUGCAGAAGGAGAGAGAGUACCAGCAGGUUCUUAGACAGACUCUACAACAGCGAGCACACGACAUCGAGCUUAUCAAGAUCAGACAACAACCCGCUGCAGUCCCCGUACCAGAGGCGCCCGGUCCGUCCAUAUUUCAGAUUGCUACACAGCCCGAGCCUGAUAAGAAGCUCACCGAUUGGCUAAAGGAGUAUGGCGCUGAUUCUGGGACCAUAGACAAGUUCGUUUCGGAAGAUUAUUCACUUAACGACAUUCUUUGUGAUAUUACUAAGGAAGACCUUCGCUGCCUCAGGCUCAGGGGCGGUGUGCUGUGUCGCAUCUGGCGGGCCAUUCAAAGACACCGUGACAAAGGACUUACAAAACUCAAGAAUGAAGAGGGACAUUCAGAAGGAUGAAAGUUUUGUAAAUCUAUCAUUCACAGACACCUGAGCCAGCAUAAACAUUCACAUGUAAUGAGAGACGGAUUCUAAAUACGUGAUACAAACCUCCUAAUUCUGACGCACUUUGCCCGAUUCUCUCAUCUGCUGCUUUUGUGCCAUUUUUAGGGUAUUAUUUCAGUCUUUCCAAAAUUUCCGUCUCAUUUCCAUUUAAUUUCAAUAGGAAACCCACAGGGAUGUCAACAACUCUAUCCAGGAAAGAUUACGCUUUCCGCUUCUUACACCGGCGUGCUGCGAGGUGUCAGCAGACACGGAAUGAUUCUCUCCACUCCAAGUGAUGGGCCGCUCAGAACCCAACCCGUCCGAUUUUAGACGUUAAAGAGAACUUUAUGUGGUUUAGCUUUAUAAUAUUUUAUCAUUUUUCAAUUCAAUUAUUAAAUGUAUGUGUAAUAGAAUGUUUUAUGUGACACUUUAUGGAGGUACUGUCUGGAAAAAUGACCUCUCGGACCAGAGCUACAGUGAGAAGCUUGUAUGGGAAAUGUGUUUUGAUAACCAAACCUAAAUAGUUGUAAAAGGCAAAGAAUUUGCUGAUAACCAAAGCAAAUGCUUAACCGUAGUAACCGUCGCAUGCCAUUCAAAAUGAUUUGCAAGACCAGUCUUGCAGAAAGCCAAUAGAUGCGGUUAACUUUACGCCACAGUUUUUUUUUCAACUUUCAUGUGUCAGUUGAACUUGUAACCAACCAUUUCAACCAAGUAUCAUGCCAAAGCAUGAAUCAAGGAUUUUAAGGCUUAUCUGACCUUGAUGUCAGUGGCAUGAAUGGAAGAUCAAUGUGAUAAAUCUUCUUUGAAUUAAGACCAAAACUACCUGCAGAUUCACUUGAUUCUUCUGUGUGACUUGUGAUCUUGCAUUUCAUUUUCUGUAUUUCAACACACUGUGUUUGUUAAUAUUUUUCUGAGAAUGGUUGCGCUCAGGGCACCAGUGUUCCGUCUAAGCUAUUUAAGUUAUUUCUCUGUUGUGUUGGUAUUAAGAUGACAGCGAUGUUGACAAUGAAAGUUCUCCUUUCUCCUCUUGACUUCUAUAAAAAAUGGCACUCAAAUGAUUUGUGAACAGGAUAUUCAAGCCGUGUCUGAGCCCAGAUGCCAACUUGUUACACUGAUUGCAAAACACUUUCGGGUGAAUAAAGUUCAUACCUGCAAAAAUC